UUCACUUACCCGUUCCUGGACCCGCCUUGAAGCUUCCGCUCUCCACAUCCACUCCCUCCUCCUCUCCCAAAUUCAAAAAUCAAAAUUAUUAUUUUUAUCUCAAUUUUUGAAAAACGAGUUAUUUCCAUUGAUUAGGAUUUCCUAGAUUUCUUAUAAAUCUGCUCUCUCACUCUCUUGCUCGCUCGCGCAAUCAAGCUUGGGAGAGAGAGCAGAACCGAAAUAGGAGUCAUUUCAACCUUGAACAGUCUCUGUCAUGGCGGUUUAUACUGAUUAGCUACCCAUCGAACAAUUCUCCGUUAUCCAGAUCCAUAUUCUCUUUCAAGUUUGAACACCAUUUCUGUAUGUAUAGAAAGUCAUACACAGCGCCCGCAGUGUGACCAUUCGAAAUAAAGAAAGAAAAAAAACCCCAUUUCGUAAUUUCAUCAAUUUGGGUUUGUUAAUCAGACCCGGAAUCCCGAUAUCGUUAGCGAUUAAUCAUGAGUGCGAAUGAAUCCAACUCUUCCAAUGGCGGAUCCGGUGCGAUUCAACUCCAGCAGAGCCGGCGAUUACCCGAUUUUAUACAGAGCGUGAAUCUCAAGUACGUGAAGCUCGGGUAUCACUAUUUGAUUACCCAUCUAUUGAAGCUCUGCUUGGUCCCUUUGAUGGCAGUCAUUAUUGUCGAGGCUUCACGAAUGAACCCAGAUGACGUUCACCAGCUCUGGCUGCACCUAAAGUACAACCUCGUCACAGUCAUUACCUGCUCUGCUGUUCUCGUUUUCGGAUCCACCAUCUGCAUCAUGUCCCGACCGAGCUCCGUUUACCUCGUUGACUACGCCUGUUACCGUGCCCCAGAUCAUCUUCGGGUCAAAUUCCAUCAAUUCAUGGAGCACUCCAAGCUCACUGGAGAUUUCGACGAGUCCUCCUUGGAGUUCCAGCGCAAGAUUCUCGAGCGUUCCGGUUUGGGGGAGGAGACGUACGUCCCUGAAGCGAUGCAUUACGUCCCUCCGAGGCCGUCAAUGGCGGCUGCGAGAAAGGAGGCCGAGGACGUGAUGUUUGGUGCAUUGGAUAUGCUCUUUAAGAACACAAACGUGAAGCCUAAAGACAUUGGUAUCCUUGUUGUUAAUUGUAGCUUGUUUAAUCCUACUCCUUCGCUUUCUGCUAUGAUUAUUAACAAGUAUAAGUUAAGAGGUAAUAUUCGAAGUUUCAAUCUUGGUGGCAUGGGUUGCAGUGCUGGUGUUAUAGCUGUUGACCUUGCUAAAGAUUUGCUGCAAGUUCAUCGGAACACCUAUGCAGUUGUUGUUAGUACAGAGAAUAUCACUCAGAACUGGUAUUUUGGGAACAAGAAGUCUAUGUUGAUACCCAAUUGCCUGUUUAGAGUUGGGGGUGCUGCAGUUUUGCUGUCGAACAAAGCCGUAGACAGGCGUCGGUCCAAGUAUAUGCUUGUUCAUGUGGUGAGAACCCAUAAAGGAGCCGAUGAUAAAGCAUUUAAUUGUGUUUAUCAGGAACAUGACGAUCAGGGAAAGACGGGGGUUUCAUUGUCGAAAGAUCUCAUGGCCAUAGCUGGUGGUGCGCUUAAGACUAAUAUCACCACUUUGGGUCCUCUGGUUUUGCCUAUAAGUGAGCAACUACUGUUUUUUGCCACCUUGGUUUCUAAGAAGUUGCUUAAUGCAAAAGUCAAGCCUUAUAUUCCUGAUUUUAAGCUUGCUUUCGAUCACUUUUGCAUUCAUGCUGGUGGAAGGGCUGUAAUUGAUGAGCUUGAGAAGAAUUUGCAGCUUCUGCCUGUUCAUGUGGAGGCAUCUAGGAUGACUCUCCAUCGAUUUGGUAACACCUCAUCGAGCUCCAUUUGGUAUGAAUUGGCAUACACAGAAGCAAAAGGUAGGAUGCAGAAGGGGAACCGUGUCUGGCAGAUUGCUUUUGGGAGUGGAUUUAAAUGUAACAGUGCAGUUUGGGAAGCUCUUAGAAACGUGAAGCCCUCUGUUAAUAGCCCUUGGGAAGAUUGCAUCCACAGGUGAAUAACUUCUAUGCGCAAAGCUCCUGCAAUGGGCGGGUUCUGGACAUGAAGGAUUUACGCAGACCUUACACUCACAUAAUUUGUGAAGAAGCUGUUUCCAAGAACUGAAUCUAUGACCUCUAGGUUGCUCCCCUACAACUCUACCAUUAGGUCACAUAUUUGCCUAUUACAGUGAGCUUUAUAAUAUCAAAAAUAUGAUCGACUUUGGUCUGGGUAUCCUGAAAGUAGAAGCAAUAUCAGCCUCCCAUUCACACUGGCAGGACAUGCUUGGCUUUUGCCCAAAUGAGUUGGCUGCUUGAAAAGGUAUGUCAAUGACUUAUCUCCUGCACCUACCCAUUUCCCUUUUAAAGAUAUUCAUUUAGGUAGUGUUGCUGAAUUUUCUCUUGCGCUAGCACUGCUUCUUCCGGACGUCAUUGACAAAUACAUGCAAUAUUUGAGGACUCAUCAUAUCUUCUGUGAAUGUUUUGUUUUCAUUUAGGAUAUUUCCUCUCUUGUCAACUACUUGCCGUAUUUUAUUUUUUUAUCUGCAGUUGAUGAAAAUGAUAUUGAACCUUAAAAAAGCAUAAAUUAUGUCUUGCUGGAAGCCCUUCUGUACAGACUCUUGAAUUUUGGCUUAUUGUAAGAUUUUUUUUUGUGAAGAAGUGAACUACGUACAUUGCUUGAAUGAAGCUCC